AUGGGGAAAUGUCUAUUUUUCGGGGACGAGGCCACCACUUUCACUGGGGCGGAGACGAUUUGCGAGAGCUAUGGAGGGAGCUUGAUCUCGAUUCAUAAUGCUUUUGAAAAUUCGUUGAUUUCGACUUAUCAACAGAAUGCCAAUCGAUUCUUCUGGCUCGGCCUUCGUCGGCAAAUGCCGGCACCAGUUUGGGCGUGGAGCGAUAAUUCGACUACCAAUUUUUACAAAUGGGCACCAGGCCAUCCGGAUUCCGGAUCCGCUUGUACGGUAUUGUCCCCGGCCGAGCAGAGCUGGCACUCGGCCGAUUGCAACGAGAGGAAUCCGUUUAUAUGCGAGCUGCCUCAAGCUAAACCUUGCCGCGAUGGCUGGAGCUACUUUAACUAUACGAAUAAUUGCUAUUACAUCGGCAAAAAUCGCACGUUCACCCAAGCCGACGCGUACUGCCAGUCCUACGGUGGCUAUUUGGCCUCGGUGCACAAUAACCCGGAGAAUGAGUUUAUUUACGAAUUAGCACGGACCGACAAAUGCGCCAAUUUCUCGAUGAAUCCAAAAUAUCUAGAGGGCACCGUGUUGCUAGGAGGAUUUUUCGCAAAGGAUCGCGGAUUCGUCAGCCGGUGGCUCGACUGGUCGACGCCCGACUACAUGUCCGAGAUGAGCUGCUACAAACCUGGCGAGAAGAGCGAGCAGACCAUGCUCCUGCUCGCCUUCCCGGCCGGUUGCGGUGCGUGCGAGGCGGAUCGCGGGAAUUGGCUAACGGUUGAUGAUGAUCGGAGUGGAUACGAUAAUUGCUCAUCGAAAAUGAGCUUUGCUAAAUUCUUUGUAUUUUUCACAUUAUUAUAUUGUGGAGCGGCUCAAUGUCCAACAAAUGCGGUAUACGUCGAGGCCAUGGAUAAAUGCUUACUAUACAGUAGUCAAGUCACAAACUUCGAUGGGGCGGCGGCAAGUUGCGAAAAGUUUGGCGGUUCUCUCGUAUCGAUUUGGAAUGGGUUCGAAAACAAUUUGAUCACUACUUACCAGGCAGAGGCAAAAUCCGGCUGGACUGCCUAUUACAUGGGGCUGCACCGCGAGGACCGGAAUAGCGAGUGGGAAUGGGCCGACAAUUCGACGGCCACGUUUUUUAAAUGGGCUCCAGGCCAUCCAUCAGCCGGCGCAAAUUGUGCCGUUCUAUCCUUACCAGAUAAUAGCUGGCAUUCGAUGGAUUGCAAUGGCUAUCAGGCGUUUAUCUGCGACGUACCGAAAGUCUCCCCGUGCCCGGAUGGCUGGAGCUACUUUGUCUACACAGAUAUGUGCUAUUAUAAAGGGGAAAACAUGACGUUCAACCAGGCAGAGGCUUAUUGUCAAAAGCACGGUGGCCACCUGGGGUCGAUUCAUAGCAAUAUGGAGAAUGCUUUUAUAUACGAAAUGAGCUACUCGGUGUCGUGCUACAACACUUCGGCCUACGUAAUGGGUAGCGUGCUGUUGGGAGGGUACUACUCGAGAGAGCAGCAAAAAGUCAGCAAAUGGGUGGACGGGUCGGCGACGGAUUUUGUGGGCAUGACAAGCUGCUACGAGGGGAAGAAGGAAGAUGCGAUGAUUGUGAUGUUCGCCUUCCCGAUAAAUUGCAACGAUUGCGGCAAUUUCCACGGCCAGUGGUACAUUGCCGACGACGAGCCGGACAAGACCAAUUUCCCCAAUUUUCUCUGCAAAGCGCCGCCCGGGCAGGCCAAGGAGGAA